AGGGUCCACUAGCUACACUAUCCUCUUGAAAAUGGCUGCACCUCCUACAGAUCAAAGGCACUAGUAAUAGGAUUGUAAGAGCAAUCAGUAUGCCAGCAUUUUAACAUUUUCUUAUGCCUGAUCAGAUUUUAAUGUUCAGUCUUUUCUUUGAAAGAAUGUCUUUGAAUAGGACAACAUGUCAGUUUAGGUAGUACUCAUAGGAUCAGGGAGAAAUUGUAUAAACUUAAGGUAGUAUUUGUACUUAAAAUAAUUUCAUUCAUGAGAUCUCAGAAAGUAAAAUUGUAAUCUAAAUUUAGAAUAGUUGCACUCAUUGCAGUUUAUGAUUAGAAAGCAGUGUGAGAUGAUUGGUAUUUUGAUCCAUGUUGCAUGACAUUACUAUGCUGAUGUCGUUAAUGUGAAAUAAAUUGAAUGCUUUUGUGUUGUACCUCAAAUAUGUAAGCAGGGAGCAAACUAAUGGUGUUUGUGAAAUGAUAAGGAUGCGUUGCUGAUGCAGUCCUAAAAGGAAUUACCACAUCUUCACUGUGCAGAGAUAUGCUAGAUUUGUUUCAUCAGAUCAAUUCAUCUAAUAGGGGAAAUAGACAAUGUGUGUUAAUGGAUUUUGUCUGGUGUAGAGAAUCCCUGAACUGUUGCAUUGGCUGUAUAUUGUUUGUGCAGUCACCCAAACACACACUUGGUUUGAGUGCAGACAUUUGCUGUAAUAGCUUCAUGUGGACUGAAGAUUGUCAGGGUUGAUAUCCCAUAUGUAAGAGAGAGAGCUUGCGCACAGCGUGCUCACUUCACAUUUGGAGGAGGACGUGACAAGCAGGACAGUCAUGGACUCAGGAUGGAGUGCUCAUUUGUAUGCCAUGGAAGUAGCCAAAGCAGCAGCAGUUGCCAAUUCUAACAGUAAUGGAAGUAUUGCAGAGCUUGAUCCAUUGCAGUUCAAAAGGGAAACCAGACACAGGGUAUUUGUCAACAGAAGCUUACAUUUAGAAAAAAUCAAAUUCUAUGGAUUUGACAUGGAUUAUACUUUAGCAGACUACAAGUCUCCACAGUAUGAGUCCAUGGCCUUUAAUUUAGUGGUUCAGCGCCUGGUUGACAUUGGCUAUCCAAGCGAGAUCAAAGAAUUUCAAUAUCAGCCCACAUUUCCAGUCAGGGGUUUGUGGUUUGACAAGCUUUACGGAAAUCUGCUAAAAGUUGACCAGUUUGGGAAUAUUUUAGUCUGUGUCCAUGGAUUUUAUUUUCUCAAACCACAUGAAGUGAUGAAAUAUUACCCCAACAAAUUUAUCCAGUUUGAUGACAAGAGGCUGUAUAUAUUAAACACACUGUUUAAUCUGCCUGAGACUUAUCUUCUAGCCUGUAUGGUAGAUUACUUCACAAAUGCUGAGGGGUACACUGGUUGGAAGCCAUCCAGGAAACUUCUGGAUUUUUCUCCUGGCUCAGCUCAUCAUGACAGCAGCGCCAUCUGGCAAGAGGACACAGGUGUUAAGUAUGGGGAUCUGUUUAUGUCCUACAAGUCUAUCUUCCAAGAUGUGAGAGGAGCUGUGGAUUGGGUGCAUAUCAAGGGCAGCUUAAAGUCUACAACUGUGGAGAACCUUGAUGAAUAUGUAGUGAAAGAUCCUCGUCUAUCUGUGAUGCUAGAUAGAAUGCGCUCUCAUGGGGCAGCAACAUUCCUGCUGACUAAUAGUGAUUAUGAAUAUACAAAUGGAGUUAUGUCUUAUUUGCUGGACCGGAAGAAUAAUGAUGGUGAAGUUGUGCGAGAUUGGACCACAUACUUUGAUUAUAUCGUGGUUGAUGCCAGGAAACCCCUGUUUUUCUCAGAAGGAACUACGCUGCGGCAGGUGGACAGGAAAACUGGCAGUUAUAGUAUAGGCACACACAUGGGACCCUUGAGAAAACACCAGGUUUACUCGGGAGGGUCAUGUGAUGUGUUUUCAGACAUGAUUGGUGCAAAGGGCAGAGACGUGCUAUACAUUGGUGACCAUAUAUUUGGUGACAUCCUGAAGUCCAAGAAAAUACGUGGGUGGAGAACAUUCCUUCAAGUCCCAGAGCUCAGCCAGGAAUUAUUUGUAUGGACAGAUAAGCAUGAGAUGUAUGAGCAGCUACAGGCUUUGGAUGCCACCUUGGCCAGUGUGUACAAAGAUCUGGACAGUAGUGCUACCCAAGCACCAGAUAUAAGAAAAAUCAACAAAAGCAUUAGGGACUUGGUGCACAAAAUGGACAUGUCUUAUGGUAUGAUGGGGAGUUUGUUCAGAAGUGGGUCUCGUCAGACUUUCUUUGCUUCUCAGGUGAUUCGCUAUGCAGACUUAUAUGCAGCCAACUUCCUCAACUUGUUGUUUUAUCCGUUCAGUUACAUGUUCAAAGCACCCCCCAUGCUGAUGCCCCAUGAGGCUACAGUGAAGCACGACGAAGAUUCCAAGGAUAUCCUUGAGGAGAGUCCAAGUGCUGCUAGAGGGCGACACUAUAGUGUUGACCAGGGCACAACUGAAGGAGCGGAGAAUAGAGUGCUGUUGAGAUCAGACAGCCAUGUUCCACAUCUUCGUGCUUCUGCUCCAAAACGAGUCACUCACACUCAUGAUGAGGAUGACUCUGAUGAAGAUGAGAAUUCCACAGCUUCCAAUGGUAGUGACAAGUCCACCUAAGGAUGUGCUUAUUAUGUACAACCGGAGGGAUAUAAAUAAUAUUGUAUGAGGACUUGAGUAAUGUGAAAUCAAUGGCCAGCGGCAAUAUGUAGUUGUGAUAAAGGGCACUCCAGUGUUGCUAAAGUGAUAUUGCUAGCAUAUGCAAAGCAUUUAUUUGGCCAUAUGUUGUUUGUUGAGGCUUCUUUCUGGAAAAUUUGAGCUCUUUGACAACAUAUUUUAUAUUAGUAAAAGUGCUUGUGUAAUUAAUCAAAAGGAAGACAUUGGAUUAUAUCUUUUCAGUACAAAGCAAUAUUAAUUUAUUAUAUUUUAGAAUGAUAUGAUAAUUAUGUUUAUUUUAUGUAGCUAUGAUGUAAAACAGAUGCUGAAAAAUACAUAACCAGUCAAUUCAUAUUCUUUUAGAUUAGAAAAAGGACAUUCUCAUGGGAGUGCCAAACAUUACAAUAUUCAUGAUUUAAGUUUCUACCUUUACUACAUCACAGCAUUGAAAGCAUUUUUUCUUUGCUGUAAUCAGUCUUUGCAGGAUAUACCAUGUUCAAGUCUCUAAUCAGUUGCAUGUGAUUGCAAUAUGAUUUAUGUUUCCAAAGAAAUAUUGAAAAAAUAUUUUAGUACAAAAUGUUGAACUCACCAACAUCUUUGUUGCUUAGUGUGAUGUGAUUUGAUGUGCUUUAAGCCUUUUUUGUAGGCACAACUGUAGAGAUACCAGCUUUCAGUGCCAGAUAUGAAGUCCCCAAAACAAUUUACUUUUUUGAAAAAAUGUUAGAAAUUGUUUUAUUUUCACAAUUUUCAAUGAUGUGCAAUUGUGCUGCCAGAUUUAAGUUUAUUUUACAGUAUUAUAUACAUAAAAAUAUAUUUAUUAAUAUUUGAGUGCAUAUUUAUUACAAGAUCUCCUUAGAUAUAGCUUGUUGGAGUUUAUAUGUUAGGUUUUUUUUCUUGGAUAUACUUAAGACAAAUAAGUUACAUAGCAUUUUAUCUUUAAGCCAUACAUACACCGAGGUUUGUAUUUAAGAGGUCUGUUAAUGUUACAGUCAUUUGGACUAAUGCACAGAAAGUUUCACAAGGCAUUUUGUUAUACUAAUAUAAAAAGUGAUUAUUGAAAAAAUAUUGAAUAGUGUAUUGUUAAUCAGAGUUGUCACAUUUCUUAACACCUCUAUAUACAGUAAAAAGGACUGAUCUUCGAUGACAUGUUUAUAACUCAAAUAUUUUGAAAAAUUAUAAAUGGAAUGGCCACCAUGUUACACCCAUUUUGGCUACUUUGAAGCUUUUAUUACUUUAGUCUGAAUUUUAGUGCCAGGGUGAUGUGUGUCAUGAAUAAAAGUGUAUUUGGUCAUUAGUAGAAAAGAAAUUGAUCACAUUUAGACAAAGUAAUAUUAUCAGGUAGAUAUUGUAUGGUGUCAACACUAGGUUGGCCAUAUCAAAAUGUAGCUAUAAAGCUUCAUUUGUAAGAACUUUUCAAUGAAGUUCACAAGUCACUAUAGUGUUGAAGAUAUGUAGUUUGUUAUUAUAUUCACUUUACUCAAUAAAUACAGUUGUCACCUGCUUAUUUAGUUUA